UGUACUAUAAAUGGAAGCCCAGGUGAAAUAAUACCGCUGUUAUUGUGCAUAUUUAUUGCGUUAUUAUUGUGUGCAUGUAGCUGUUUAUCUGCCGUGUUGUAAUUGUUAUUCUGUAUUACAUGUCAGAUAAUUAUCAUAUUUUAUCUGACAUAAAAAAAUACACUUUUUUUUAGUUUAAUUUGAAACUACUGGCCACUGAAAUGUUGCAUUUAAAACCGAACAAUGUGCAGGUUGAGAUUAACCCAGCUUUAAAGCCGCGGAUGUGUCGCUCACGAAUACGAAACGCGCUUCGCUGUCGUUCUCUGUUUUGACUCCGUGUAUGUGUGGCUGCGUAUGUCGCCUCCUCUCCUGCACUAGUUUACUCCAUUCCCCCCCCCACACCACUGCUCACCUCCAGCGCCGGCAGCAGAAUGGCAGCGGCGGCCCCCAACCCGGAGGACUCCGCCAGGAGCAGCGGCAGCGGCGGCACCAGCACACCCAGCGCCCUCGCCGGAGACGGGGACGCGGAAGAGACCGAGGACUUCACCUCCUCCUCCCACUGCUCGGAGCUGUCUCGGCGGCAGAACGAGCAGAGGAAGCAGGGCUUGUUCUGCGACGUGACGCUGGCCUUCAGCAGCGGGGUGGCUACCGGGAGCGUGCAGAGCUGUGAGUUUUCAGCCCACAGGUCUGUCCUGGCUGCGGCCACCGAUUAUUUCACCCCUUUGCUGGGUGGACAGUUCUCCGAGUCCUUGUCCGGACGGGUGGAGAUGAAGGAAUGGAGCUCAGAACUGGGGCCGGACCCGGAUACGGUGGAGAGUGUCAUCCAGUACAUGUACACUGGAGAAAUACGCGUUAGCACCUGCAAUGUGCAUGAAGUACUGGAGCUAGCUGAUAGGUUUCUGCUGCUGCAGCUAAAGGAUUUCUGUGGUGAGUUUCUUAAGAAGAAGCUGAGCCUGACCAACUGUGUGGCGGUGCACAGUCUCGCCCACAUGUACACCUUGGACCAGCUGGCUCUACGGGCUGCAGACAUGAUCCGGCGCAACUUCCACAAGGUUAUCCAGGAUGACGAGUUCUACACGCUGCCCUUUCACCUGGUCCGUGACUGGCUGUCUGACGCAGAGAUCACGGUGGAUUCUGAGGAGGUGCUAUUUGAGGCUGUGGUGAAGUGGGUGCAGAAGAACUCAGAGGAGCGAAGCCGCUACUUUGAGGAGCUGUUCCGUCUCCUGAGGCUGCCCCAAAUAAAGCCCACCUACCUGACCAGGGUGGUGAAAAAUGAGCGGCUGGUGGCCGCCAACGAGGCCUGCCUCCGGCUGGUGUCAGAGGCAGUAGAGGGUCACGCUAUCCGCUUUGAGAACCUCAAGUCAGCUGAUAUGGAGUUCUGGUCUUCUCACAUGGCCUCCUUUCAGCCUCGCUUUGGCCAGAACAUGGACGUCAUCAUGGUAGUAGGCGGUGUGUCAGAGGGAGGGGACUACCUGAGCGAGUGUGUGGGUUACUUCAUCUAUGAGGACCGUUGGGUCAAUCUGCCGCACAUCCACAACCACCUGGACGGCCAUGCCAUCGCUGCCACAGAGUCCCACGUCUACGUAGCCGGUUCGAUGGAACCAGGCUUUGCUAAGACGGUGGAACGUUACAAUCCCAAUCGUAACACCUGGGAGCAGGUGAGCAACCUGACAACACGCAAGCAUUCCUUUGGCCUCACCUGCAUCAAGGAUAUACUGUACAGCAUCGGUGGCCAUGGAAACUUCAGUCCUGGGUUUAAAGAUGUCAGUGUGUAUGAGCCCGAGCAGGACAAGUGGCACAAUCUGGAAUCUGCCCCAAAAAUCCUGCGGGAUGUGAAGGCAGUGAGUGUAGAGGACCGCUAUGUGUAUGUUACAGCACGCACGCCUGUCGAUACGGAUAAUGAGGAUGGACUGAAGACGGUGACCACUCGCUAUGACACGGAGAGUCGCCAGUGGCAAGAUGUUGACUCUCUGCCCCUUAUUGACAACUAUUGCAUCUUCCAGAUGGCUGUGGCCUCUACUAACUUCUACCACACGGCCUCCUGCUGCCCCAAGAGCUACACGGAGAGGGAUGAGGUUGCUAAGCAGAAGAUCAGUGUGCGCAUCUCUGAUGAGAUCCUGGAGAGCCUGCCACCAGAGGUUACCAGCAUCGAGGGUGCUGCAAUCUGCCACUUCGAUGAGGACGUCUUCAUCAUCGGAGGCUGGAAGAACAGUGAUGAUGUGGACAAGCAGUACCGCAAGGAGGCCUACCGCUACUGUGCUGAGAGGAAGCGCUGGAUGCUGCUACCGCCCAUGCCUCAGCCUCGCUGCCGAGCCACGGCCUGCCACGUCCGCAUCCCCUACCGUUUCCUGUAUGGCUGCCAGCGCUACCCCAUGCCUCAGAACCUGGCCCGCCAGCGAGAUCGCAUGCAGCAGAUGCAGCAGCUCCACCGGCGCACGCUCACCCUGCGCCGGCAGCUCCAGUCGCAGAUAGAGUGCUGAGGAAGUCAGCGGUCUGCGCCAUCCAAGAACUACACAGCUCUGUCCGAGGAUACACUGCAAGCCACCGUUCCAUUGCAAGCAUCUUCAUGGACCCCCCACUCAUACAUACAUAACAUGCUGCAGCGGGUCUUGUGUUGCUCUCAUACUGGAAUUUCAUUAAACUGUGCCAUCGGCUCUCAUGCUGUGUUGUGUUAAUGGCUGAGUUGUCGAAAGCCAUGAAAUGUGUAAGCAGGUGUGUGCUGACCAGCUGUUGGUCUAUGUGAGGAGGGAUAUGGCGAAUGUAAACAUGUGAAUAAGAGUGUUAUAAAGCAGCCAACAAACUGAAUAUCCUUUUGUCAAGUAUGUUGGUAUAGAUGCUGUUUAUCUGUUUGUACAUAAAUAGUAUAAAGCUGUAUAUGUAAACAUUUAUAUGGAUAUUUUACAUUCCUUUAUUGUAUGCCCGCACUGGGAAGGCUGUGUGACUUUGUUGAUAACUUCAUUCCUACAUUCAAUCCAACUCGCUUAAUGAAGUCUCAUUCCGUUGUAACACUGUGACAAUCUCCUCAUGAAAUUAUAACAUUGGUUCAAACGUCUAACUCACUCACAUAUAACUUGUAUCAUAAUUGCUCUAUUAGAAUGUCUCUCCUUGUUACUGUGCAGCCUCCACAAGUGAAUAUGAGGCUGUUAGUCUUAAGAUCCUGUAGACUAGUUUGCUUUUAGAUCGCAGUUUCCCUUCAACGGUUGUACUAUGAGUAUGUUUUCAUUUUUGUUGCUCAUGUAACACUUGAACUCGUAAGCUUUCUCCAGGUUUUCUGAAGAGGUGAAAUGAUGAGAGAUCUGUGAUAAGAUGUACUGAAAUUGUUCCUUUUGAGUUAUCUCAACACUGAAUCAUUCAAGUUGGCCACUGCACUAAGCACCAAUCAUUGGCAAUGGCUCAAUCAUUCCUUUCUUUUGCACUUUGGCAGUUGAUUGCUCCAUGGUUCCCCAUUCAUUCAAGGAAACAUAGAGAAUGUGUAUACAUGUGAGUGCAGGAGUGUGUAUGAUUUGUGUUUGCAGAGCAGAGCUUCUCUACAAUGCACUUUUUAACAUUUAAUUGUUCGUAAAGUCUUACAUAAACAUUUCAUUUACAACUGCACUUUGACUUUGCAUACUUCAUGUGUUUCAUAUCAGACAAGGUGAUUGUAUUUUUGGAAAUGCUUUGUUUUACCCAGCUUCCAGCCAGUAAGUUUUGAUCUUCUUUGAAAAAAACAUGUUAGCAUUAUUUGUGGAUUUGUUUCCAACAUUAAAUGUCUUGUAAAACCUUGUGUUAUUGUACUUCACUUGCAGCUGGGUGUACAUUAGAGCCCCCCCAAGAGACUUCGAAAUGAGAUGGAAAGGAAUCAGACUUAUAGGCAGAACAAAAGGGAUUGUUGUGACUGACAUUCAGAAAUUCCAGCUGUGUCCAUGCAGCACCUGUUACAGCAUAAAGGUUACAGAGCGCAGAAAUGAUAUUCAUUUCCACUUUAUGACCAACAUAAAUAGCACUGCAAGUGGAAUAAGCUAUGUAAUUUGCUUUGCAUGUGAUAGUCUGACAUUGUGUCCUUUAUAUUGGAUGUAAGAAAUGUUAAUGUCAUCACUUGCAAUUAAAGUUGUUUUGUAAGACA